UAAAGACAUUUUCGGUGUGAGCUGAACGUUACGUUCUAAUUUCAGCAGAAAUUUGAAUUAAAUUGAAGUUUUAAGUAAGCAAAUCAGAUAAUUUAUAAAAAGCAAGAAAAAUGUUCGUCCGCAGAUUCCACACUUCAAUUGUUUCAUUUAGCAAAGUUGUUCCUACCAAUCUCAAGGGCAAGAAGAAAAGUUCUCAAGAAUGGCUCACCCGGCAGCUCAACGAUCCCUUCGUGGAACGGGCCAAAAUGGCAAAUUACAGAUGCCGCAGUGCGUUCAAGCUGCUGGAGAUCGAUCAAAAGUACAACAUCAUCAAACCCGGCUUUACGGUCAUCGACUGUGGUGCCGCCCCCGGCUCCUGGUCCCAGAUCGCCGUUAAACAGUCAAACGCCGAUGGCGCGGCACCCGGCAAACCCAAAGGCACCGUCAUCGGGGUGGAUCUGUUGCAAAUUUACCCAAUCGCGCACGCCACCACGCUGGGAAACACGGAUUUUACCCGGACGGAAUCGCAGGACAUAAUCCGCUCUCUGCUGGGCGAAAAACGGAUCGAUUGCGUGCUCUCGGAUAUGGCUCCGAAUGCGACCGGGGUGCGGUCGCUGGACCAGGAGAACAUCAUCACGCUUUGUUAUUCGGUGUUGCGAUUUGCGAUUUUAAUGUCCUCGCCGAAUGCGUCGCUGCUGAUGAAGGUUUGGGAUAACGGUGAGGUUCCGGCGCUGGAGAAGAAUAUCCAGCGGUACUACCAGCAGGUGAAGCGGAUAAAACCCCGGGCUAGUCGGGCGGAUUCGGCGGAAAAUUUUGUGCUAGCGAGAGGGUUUGUUGGGGUGGAGCGAUGAAGCAGUAGGGGUAAGGAAUUGUAGAAGUUGUUAAAAUCAUAAACUAGUCUUUUGAA